AUUUCUUCAUUGCUUGGAUUGUCUCAUUGCCUUCAUAUUUAAGUCGCCAAACGCGAGAGCAACACCUUGCAUCUUGCUUGCCGAAAACGUGUCUCACACCGAAUACAAAAGGGCCGUCGCGAGUAUGUCAUCCGAAGGCCACAAGCGCAAGAGAAGCAUCGAUGACACUCCCGCCAACUUGAGCAAGAUUCGCGUGGCGGACGAAGCUUCUGAAUCGUCCAAGUGGGAGUUGGAAAGUAUCGAGGGCACGGAGGGUGAGCCAGGGAAAGUGGAGACACGCCUGCAGAGGAGUGGCCGCCCUCCUGCCGCCAUUUCGGAGGAAGAGGCCAUAUUCCGGCGCCUUCAUAAAGAGUACCGGGAUCCAGACCCCGGAAAUUCUAAGGUUUUUGCCGCCUUCUCGAAGAUUCUCCGGGAAUAUUAUCCCAUGAUUGGGUUGGCAGACGCAGACUACGAUCUACUCGUAGAGGCCAUCCAGAAAUGUUCCUUAGCUCGGAUUGUGGAGUGCUAUGGCCCACUUCGGUUCCCUCAAGCUCAGACGGGUGAUGAACUACCACCCCCGGCGCCGCACGUUGACACUGAGAUCAUCCCAAUUCACUCCUCCUGGAAUACAAACUAUGAGCUUAACUAUCACAAACUCCUUCUCAACAACAUUCUUGCGAUGUCCCGCACUCAGCCAUACUCUUCAACAGUAUCUAUUAUCCAAAGUUCCGGUUACGGGAAGUCUCGUAUGGUCGAUCAACUGGCUACUCUCGUAUUUACGUUGCCCUUCAAUCUCCGAGAUCCCCUCGAGACUCGAGUUGGGGCAUAUCCUCCCCCAGAUCCGAGUGUUAGACAGCUGUUGACUAAAUCAUUUAAUCCCCCUCAGUCCGGUAUUUCCGAUGCCGAAGAACGAGAAUUGACGGUCCGAUAUUACCUGUUUUUCAGGCAUCUCUUCGAUUCCGUGGGGAAACGAAUCAAGGCUGAGUUCAAGGACACGACCAAUCUGCCUUGUGCAUGGCGGAGAUAUUUAGCCAGCAGCACACGUGAGGGCGUAACCCGUCGGGAGGAGUUGUACAAGGAGGUUGUGAGCCAAGUGGAAAUGGAUUCUAGCCUUGCUGAGAUCAGAGCGGACCCGAAGUCCGGGGUGGGAGCCAAACUCCUGAAAUCUGUCAAAGUGGCAUGCGAUGAGUUGGUUCGCCUUUUUCCCCUGGAUAAUCAAGGCAGUGUGCUCGAUUCCGAGGCUGUCGACGAGAAACCUAGCAUUCGGGUGUUCCUCUACUUCGAUGAGGCUCAUUCCCUCAAGGACCCGUGGGUACCACACCGAAGCCGUUACGACAAGAUGUUGUCAUGCCUUGAAGACUUGAGGACUAGGGAGAUUCCUGUUUUCACCAUCUUCCUCACUACGAGCUCGCAUUUUGAGAACCUUGCUCCAGCUCCAGGCCACAGAAGAUCCGCUCGCAUGACAAGUGAGGACUCCCUCCUUCAGGCACCUAUUACGGAGCUGCCUUUCGACUGCUUCCGUAAUGCUCCAAUGAUUAAGGGUUUCGACAGUCUGUCAUCUGCAGAAGUUCUCUCCUGCUGUGGACGCCCGCUAUGGUGGACCAUGUAUGAUGCUUUCAAGCAAAAUGACAAGCUUCAUAACAACAUAUUCGCCAGGAAGCUCUUGGAUUUGGCACGUGCAAAGCUCGCGGGUCUAGAAGGUGCCACUGGAGACCUCACGAAAUACACCCAAGAAGCAAAGCUAGCCGUCAUUGACAUGCGGCUACAACUCGAUUAUGAACCAGCACGCCAAGUAGCGGCAACUGCAUUGGCCCAAAUGGUAGCGUCGCAUAUGCGCACAGUAUUCUCUAUUCCAACGCAUCGCGAUUACAUGCGGUCUGGAUAUCCCUCUGAACCAUGGCUUGCGGAAGCUGCGGCGCAGGGGAUGGAAAAUUUGCAGUCGCUCCAACCCGAUUUCAUCUUCAAAACGCUGGAGGAAGUGAUGAACCAAGGUAUAAUUGACAUUGGAGAGAGAGGCGAGGUCAUAGCGCGUGCUAUGAUUAUGCGGGCAUAUGACCGUGCCGUUGGAAAGUCCAGGCUUCCGCCCUAUACAAAGGAUGACAAGUUUAUCAAGUUCAGUCGAGGCUGCCGUUUGAUCGACUUCAUCGAGUGUCUGUUCUCAGCAGAUGCGGCGCAGGACGUCCUUGCUAGCCUACCCAUUACUGGUGGGACCGUCAAUCUCGGCGAGCAAUUUAAGAACGCCCAAAUUCGAUUCACGCACUUUGCUAGGCUGCAUAGUGAGGAUGUCGUAUCUACCGCCGGCUGUAUAGCGGGGAUAGUGCGAUGCGCUGCUUCCGUUACCCAGCGUGGACAGCCGAGCAUCGACAUGAUGAUUCCAAUCGUGCUAAAUCCACACAAAACCCAGCCGGACCUGCUUCGGAGGGAAAAUGUAACAGCAAUGUUCAUCCAGAUCAAAAACCGUCGUACAGUAGGAAACACCGCAGCCUACAAUAUCGAUGCUCGCAAUCUAUCAUUCUUCUCUGGCGGUGAUCAACCUUAUAUAACUCUUGUAAUGGAGUUAGGAGUAUUGCCGACGGAGCUUAUUCAGCAAGAAAAGAUGAUGAAAAAGGGAACCCCUAGCUUCCGGCCGGCAGAACCUCCUACUCCUUCACGGCUGAUGACGACCAAAGAACAGAAAGGUGGUCUCUUUGUAGAACAUCCCCGGUGGGACGAUAAAUCCCUGGACGCCCUGAGCUGUCUGGUUCCGUUCUUGUCUAUCCGAAAUUGCGAAGAGUGGUUAGAAAAGCUUGGUGUUAUGAUUGAUGGAGCUGGGGUGACGGAGAGAGGAUUCACCAUCGAUGAGAUGGUUAGAACUGUAUUGUUAGGCGUGAAUGAUAUGUAGGCUCAUGCGUCUGGGAAGAGGGUUCCCCUUUCAAUCGCGUUCACUCGAAGAAUUGCAUCUUUUUUGGCAGCUCAUUUCUUAACUAUAAUCCCGAGUCGAGAUAGUACGGCCUGUACGUAUACAGUUGGGGCCACC